GAAAUAUAAUAUGUAACGUGGUAAAAAAAUGGUAUAACUCUUUUGCUUACAAAAAAUUUUAUGGCGCGACAUGUCAAAUCUAGAAAAGAAAGCUUUGUUGUUUGGUAAAGCUUGUUGAAUGUGCAAAAUUCAUGUUAGCGUCUAAAAGAAAAUCCUGUUACCAAUAAGGUUCCUGCUAAAAAGGUUAAAGCUACCAUUUGGGCAACGAAAAUUUGAAAGCAUUCAAUUUCACAACUAGGUAACAACCAAAUAACAAUUCUAUACUCUGAGAACAAAGUAGAAAGGAUCGAAUCACACUUCAUUGCCCCUUACAUGGCUUGGUCAAUUCGAUCCGAUCCGGGGAGUUAAACAUUUAAUAAUUGAAAGCGAAAAGCAAAAUUUUUUGAUUAUUCAAAUUUCGUCAAAAAGGAAUUUUAGUGUUCGAUGAUGUUUGGCAUUAUUUAUAAAAUAUUUUUUAAACUUUGGAAUUUAGCCUUUAGAUCAUCCUAUAAGAAAAAUAUUAUAUGUAAAGGGGUGUGUACUUGAGAAUACAAAUUUAGUUUUGUUUCGUCAACGUCUAAUGAAUACUCUAUUCUUGUUUUAUUUUAUUUAUUUAUUUCUUACUUUUUAUUUGAUUAUUAUUUAAUUUUAAUUUCGUUUUUUUUCAUCUUAUUUUUUUUGCUUUUCAUUUUCAUUUUCUACUUUAAAACAAAAACAAAAACACUACUAAAGUCAUCACAAUAAUUCUAUUUUCAGAUCUAUAAAAAUAUAUGCCCAUGGUUUUAUUUAAUCAUUCAUAUUUGUGGAAUUAUAAAUUGAAUAUUUCAUGCACAUUAAAUUCACCACAAUCAUUAUGAAUACUAUUGAUAUGAACGACAAUAAAAGAUAAAAGUUGAAGUGUUGGAAAGAAAAGUAAAGUAUAUAUUUCUUCUCAUGCAUCUGAUAAACUAAAUCUUGUAUGCAUCUUUAUAAAAACAACAUUUUCUCCUGUUCGAGAUUUUCACAUUUAUUACACAUACAUGGUAUGGAAAAAAUUGUAGCAGCAGAUUUUUGGUACGUCAGAAGCUUUAUAUUUUGUGAGAGGGCUCUACGUUUACGUUCCUUUAUAUUGUGGGACCUCUACAUGAUUUUAAGCAUGCCCUGAAGUCAAAUCGUUUCUUAUGACAGAAAAUCUUUCCAGGAAUUUAUAGUAUCACCUGCAACUUCACCGUACCUUUUUUUGUUGGCAGGUUUUUCUGGUGUUUUAUAGCAUUAACUAAACUAACUUUAUUAUUACAGUGUAUAUCACGGUUUAACUGAUGUUAUCAUAGUAUCAGUCGCAACUUAACAUGGUAUAAAUCAGGCUUUACUGGUAUUUUAAUGCCAUUAACUGCCACUUAACUGUAUUUAAACGGUGUAAAGCAGACUGUACUGGAGAAUUUAUAACUUAAUUACAUAUUUUCAUGGUGUAAAGCAGACUUAAUUAGAAAUGUUGGCAAACCUUUUUUUAACUGUUUUAAGUCUACUUAUAGCACUCAAACGUGAUCACUUUUAAAAAUAUUUUGUUUCCAUAUUUUAGAUAAAAGAAUAUAUUUAUACUUUAAAUAAAAUACUCCACUUUGUGUGUGAUAAUAUUACAAAGAUAUAAACAAAAACAAAUUGGCGAAUUCUAUUUUGAAAAAAGCUUCAAGAGAAUUUGACUCUUCCAAAAUGUUGAACAACAUGGAAAAGGAAUGCGGGGGAACUUCAAUGAAUCUCUCUGGAGUUUCAUAUUUUGAUGCUGGUUUUUCUGUCUUUUUAUUUUUGACAACCGUUCCAGUAAAUUUGCUGAUAUUGCUAGGUCUAUAUAAAUUCAGUCAUUUGUUAAACCGGAAUUAUUACUUGGUUAUAACAAACAUUGCAAUUUCUGACUUGAUUAUGGGUUUAAUAUGUGAUCCUAUGUCAAUUAGUUUUCACGUAAAAGAAGCCCUGGGACCGAGUGUAGUAGCUCUUCCAGACAUUGAGCAGAAAACCAUGCAUUUUAUAUUUUUCUUCACAAAUACUGUCUCAGUUUUAUCAAUGGCUGUGUUAACCAUCGAUCGACUUGGUGUUAUCCUGAGUCCGUUUUAUUACUACAGUAAGUUGACUAAAUCACGAAUGAUCAUGCUGCUGGUUGUGGCUUGGUUGUUAGGUGGAAUGAGUACUAUAUUUUAUUUAUAUAUUGGUUAUAUACGGUUCUUAGUGGUUUUCGCAUUUUCAACCGUGAUAUUUACGCUUAUUGUUAUGGUUGUUACUUGGUUUCUGCUGAGACGACGAUUGAGAAUGGCAAAAGCGAACGAAAUACAACGACGCGAUAGCCGCCUGCGAUGCCACACAGAUUCGCUUGUACACGUGCGACGUCGCACUGAAAACACAAUUGAGUUCACGCAAAUGGAUAAAAGAAUUACGAAAACGUUCCUCUGCAUGCUUGUGCUGUUCAUUUUCAACUACCUUCCUUGUGUUAUACUUAUCGUUUACAUGAACCUAUGUAAAAAUUGUGAUUGUGAUUUCGUGCAUGUGUUACGUGAUGUCAUAUGGUUGGCUAUUUUAUCGAGCGCUUUAUGUCGACCGUUCAAUUUUGUGAUUCGAUUAGCAGCGUUACAAGAAUCGAUUAAAAGCGUUUUCCGUCGAUCAGAUCCGAAAAAUAGCGUGGAAGUGCCACUAAAUACAUCAAAGCAGUAGAAAAUUUUAUAGAUUUGGAUUUCUUUGUUACAUUAUUGUAUAUAAGUUGUAACCAACAUAUUAUUUCUUUAAAAACAUAAGUUACUACAUAAUUAAAUACUAAAAAGCCUUGGAGA